UUUCGCUUUCUCCGCUGCUGCACCGGUUUCUCUUGUCCUCUACAGUGCAAGCUAUUUGUUAUAAUUGUUUAAGUUUCUGUUGUGCCUGUUGUACCUGUGACACAUUUAUCAGCAGGUAUAUUGUGCAGUGUGUACUCAACGCUACUAUGCAAAGAAAGGCGGAUAUUCCCUUUGUGGACUCACUUCAUUGAUGGCUGUGAGCGUCCAUCCUAAAGGCCGUCUUCUCUCUUAUAACUGGAGCUAGUUCCUCAUAUCACAAUGGUCCGGUGAGAUACACCUCUGCUAUUUCAGCGAUUCGGUCGAGGCUGUUUGAACAAUGAAGAUUUGGAGCACGGAACAUGUGUUCAGUUACCCAUGGGAGACGGUGAUCAAAGCAGCCAUGAGGAAGUACCCAAACCCCAUGAACCCUAACGUGGUGGGGGUGGACGUGCUGGACCGCGGUCUGGAUGAAAAGGGACGCCUGCACAGCCACAGACUCCUCAGCACGGAGUGGGGCCUCCCGGGAAUCGUACGAGCAAUUUUAGGAACCAGCCAUACUCAGACGUAUGUGAAGGAACACUCAAUCGUGGACCCAGAGGAGAAAAAGAUGGAGCUCUGCUCAACAAAUAUCACUCUCACCAACCUGAUCUCAGUAGACGAGAGGCUCCUCUACAGACCACACCCCGACAACCCUGACGUUACUGUCCUGACCCAGGAGGCCAUCAUUACAGUAAAGGGAGUGAGUCUAAGCAGCUACCUCGAGGGCAUGAUGGCGAGAAGAAUGUCCGCAAAUGCUAGGAAGGGUUGGGAUGCGAUUGAGUGGAUUAUUCAGAACUCUGAAAGAGAGAACGUGCCUCUCUGUGAUAUUUACUAACUCUGGACUGCAGCUCGGCAGUGACAACGUCUCUUCCCAGCUACGCCUCAUAAACCACAAGGGGGGACUCUCAGCAUCUCGGGAUCCUCUGCAGUGGGUUUUUUUAUACCGGAGGUUUUGUGGGUUUUCACCCUGCUCUCAUCUCUGGAGUCCACGCACUGAAAGCUCAGAGACAAUGUGUGAUGCUGCCAAAGCUGAAUGGAAUCAGAUAAGGAAGUUAGGUGAGCCUGAAUGCUAACUCAGUACUCUAUAACACAUUAACAUCUAUUGAAAUUAGUGAAAGUAAGAAGACCUGGACAGUUUGUUUCUGUCUGCUGAAACAGCACUAAUGCCGAAAGGUGGUCCUUUGUAGAGGAGCUGCAUUAACAUCAUGAUUAUAACAUUACUACCCCACAUUUCCUUUGCUCCCAUGGCAUAUCUUAGCAUUCUUUAAAAGUGAUACAGAAAGUACACGGGCACAGUUUGACGAAAACAAUGUAUGGUACAACGACAAUAUGCAACAGAUUUUUUUACUUUCAUUUUGAACUGCUGUGAGUCUUCUGUCAUGUCAAACACUGGUGACUCCUGCAGCAGGAGUUCAGUCAAAAAGUUGCUUCUGGUGCUUUUAUGUGUUUAAAGAGGCACAAAGUGUAGAAGAUAUGUUUGCAUGCAUUAUAGUCAAAAAGAAAGUUGGAUGAGUAAGAGGGGUUAUAAAAGACAAUGGCUGUGUGUGAAAUCAACCACUAUUCACAAUAUAGUCCACUCUAUAAUGAGUUCACCAUUCUCUAAUGCAAAUGUUUAAUGAUAAUAAAGUAGACUAAAAUAAUCUAUCACAAAAUGCACCUGAAAAGUCUGUACCACUGGAGGUUGUUAUUAACCAAGGACUACUUUAUUUAUUUGUUUAUUUGAUGGGGACAGAACACAGAAAUGACCAUCAGUGUUCAAAUGCAGCAUGUCAACUUAAUGCUAAAAAAAAUGCUACGUCCGUACUUUUACUGCUGUCAGUUUGGGGGAUUUUUUUGUGAUCAGCACUUUUUCGUUCUUACAACUCUCUUUAUAGUAAGCAGGGAAUAAGUGAAUGAUAUCAAACACAGCCAGUUAGUAGUGUGGUAGCUAGCUAGCAUUGUUGCUAGCUAUAAAAUCACACAUUUAGCUUUAGAUAGAUAAGAAUUCAAGGAAAUAAUAAUUUUGAAGUCAGACUAAAAAAGAAAUUGGGAAUGUACCUUUAACAUUGCCUUCUUUUUCAGCUGUUAAGGUAACAAUACACUGGCAACUUUUGUUUGAUGGGAAAUGACUAAAUAUUCUGUCAAACCAGUUGAUUGUACUGGGUUAGUAAAGGGAGUCAGGAUGGCAUGUUUAGGCUUGGUAUCACUGAAGUAAAAAGUUAGUUUGAUUGCCUUUGUGGGCCGAGUUAUGGAUUUAUGUAGCCUUAAGACAAUACUUGUGUAUUAUUGCCUUGGCAGCUUUAUCUUUCAUGCCUUUGCCAGUCAUCACAUCAAGCUCUCAAAUGUUGAAUUUCUCUAAAAGCUACCUGAAGCCCUGAGGAGCAGGGCAGUGUUUGUACUGUAUGUGCAAUCCUGCAGUGGGAGAUGCACACAAUUACAGAGACUAAUAAAUCACAUUUCUAUAUCAAAUGAAUAAUAUUUACACUAUAUUUGUAUAAAUUUUAUUUAUUUGAUUACUUUGUGUAACCAGCACAGAUGUAUUAUAUUGUUUGUAUCUUCUUGACUGUCAUUGCUUUUCUAAUUUAUGUUUUGACUUCAUCUGUUGUCUGACUGCCACAAUUAAAUGUAUUGUUUGAGAGAA